AUGAAACAGCUAACUGGGCCCGGCCUAUAUGAGGAGAUCCAGUCCAUCGAGUAUUACAAGGCCCAAAUCCCAAAGACCAAGCCCAAGACCAAGACCAAGCCCAAGCCCAAGCCCAAGCCCAAGCGGAAUGCCACCCGACGCCGUCGUCUCCGUCGUCUCCGUCUUCUCUCCUUCCCUCUCCCCGCUUCGUCGCUGCCGCAGUUCCUCCAGUUCAGUGGCGGCGAUCCCCGACCUCAGCAGAGGCGCGCGCAUUCGAAGCCCAUGUCAAUAUCAAGACUCGCUCGCCUUCGCCUCGGCCUCCGCCUCCGCCUCCGCCUCCGCCUCAAGCACGCCCGAUCGCUCUGCACCUCCUCGCAUUCGCAGCUCGACCAACGGACGGCGGGCGAGAUCGCGGCCAUCCUCAGCCACCACCAUGACUGGGAGCUCCUCCUCCGUUCCUCCGACCUCCCCCAGAAGCUCAACCCCGACGUGGUGCUCUCCGUGCUUCGCGACCACCGGGUGCCCGACCCCAGACGCCUCCUCGGCUUCUUCCGCUGGUCCGAUUCCUUCCUGGGCGCCCCCCACAGCUUGCAUUCCUUCUCGAUCCUCGCCGUCCUCCUCUGCAAUUCCAUGCUUUUUCCUCUCGCCCACGGCGUCGCCGACCGCAUGAUCGAUACCGGCGCGCCGGCGUCCCGGAUACUGGACUCUUUGCUCUGGAGCCACCGUCAGUUUAGCAGGGGUAAUGAUGCCGCGGUCUUUGAGAUUGCCAUCAGUGUUUACAAAAGGAGAGGGCUUCUGGGCGAGGCUUGCUCCGUGUUUCUCGGUGCCAAGGAUGGUGGGCUCGUGCCUAGUUUAGUUUGUUGCAAUACGCUCCUCAAGGAUUUGUGCAAGGCCAACAGGAUGCCCCUGUUUUGGAAGGUUUACGGAGGCAUGAUGGAGGCCGGUGUUGUUCCCGACGCUUACACCUACACUAGUCUCAUCACUGCUCACUUCAAGGUGGACGAUGCUGAGGGGGCUAAACAGGUGCUCUCUGACAUGAAGAAGAAGGGAUGUACCCCCAAUUUGGUUACGUUCAACGUUAUGAUCGGAGGACUCUGCAGAUCUGGGCUCCUAGACGACGCUCUAAGUUUGCUCAAGGCAAUGCCUGGCCAGGGUUUUACGCCCGAUCGAUAUACUUACACCAUACUCAUCGAUGGCUUCUGUAAGCACAGGAGGUCGAGAGAGGCAAAAGCAUUACUUGAUGAAAUGUUCGAUAUUGGAUUAAAUCCUGAACAAAUCACCUACACAGCAUUGCUGGAUGGGUUCAUGAAAGAAGGGGAUGUCGACGAGGCUUUCAGAAUCAAAGAUUUGAUGGUUGACCGUGGUCUAAAGUUGAAGGCUCCCACAUACAACGUGCUCAUCGCGGGUCUUUGUAGGAUUGGUGAUGUGGAGAAGGCAAAUGCUCUGCUCGAAGAGAUGACUGUCGUAGGCACAAGCCCUGACACUCAGAGCUAUAAUCCACUGAUAGAGGAAUACUGUAGGAAGCAAAACAUGGCUAAGACUCGUGAGAUUUUGAUUGAGAUGAAAAGUAGAAACUUGCUACCCUCAGUUUACACCUAUGCUGUGAUAAUAAAGGGCCUAUGCCUCAGUGGACAUCUCCAAGCGGCUAACAGCCUUCUGGAUGAGAUGAUUGGCGCAAAUGUAAAACCAAAUGCAAUUAUUUACACGACUCUAAUCAAGGGCCACAUCGAACAAAAUAAAUUUGAAGAUGCAAAGAGAACUUUUGAGGAAAUGAAGGGGAGAGGGAUUUUGCCUGAUGUAUUUUGUUAUAAUUCUCUUAUCAUGGGGCUCUGCAAAGCCAACAAGAUGGAAGAAGCAAGGCUAUACUUAGUUGAAAUGUUGGAGAAGGGGUUCAAGCCUAAUGAAUAUACUUAUGGGGCUUUCAUCAGUGGGUAUUGUAAGGCAGGGGAUAUGAAGGCAGCUGGCAGGUUCUUCAUGGAGAUGAUAGACUGCGGUGUAGUACCAAGUGGUGCCGUCUGCAUGACUCUUAUUGAUGGUCAUUGUAAAGGUGGUGAUGUUGGAGAAGCAUUCACAAUUGUUAAGGUGAUGCUCGAGAGGCAAGUGCUGCCGGAUGUACAUAUUUACGGACUGUUGAUCCAAGGACUUUCAAAGAAUGGGAAACUAAAAGAAGCAAUGGAAGUUUUUUCUGAACUCCAGGAAAAGGGCGUAGUGGCUGAUAUUUUUAUUUACAAUUCUGUUAUAUCUUGCUUGUCUAAACUGGGUAAACUAGCAGAUGCUUUUCAACUCCUCGAGGAGAUGGGUCAAAGAUGUGUCAAUCCUAACAUCGUCACUUACAAUGCUUUGAUCAAUGGUCUUUGUAAGUUAGGAGAUGUUAUUGGAGCUAGGAAGCUGUUUGAUGGAAUUUCAGCUAGAGGCUUGGCUCCUAAUAGAGUGACCUAUGCUACAAUCAUAGAUGGAUACUGUAAAUCUGGCAAUUUAGGUGAGGCAUUCCAUUUGUUUGAUGAGAUGCUAUCCAUGGGAGUUCAACCUGAUAGCUUUGUUUAUUCCGCCCUUAUCGAUGGUUGCUUCAAAGAAGGCAAUGUAGAGAAGGCUCUUUCUUUGUUUAAUGAUAUGGUGAACAAAGGCUUUGCAUCUACUGUUUCUUUCAAUGCUGUAAUUGAUGGCUUCAGCAAGUUGGGAAAGCUGAAUGAAGCUGAGAAUUUGGUGGAAGCUAUGGUUGAUAGGAACAUUGCACCUAAUCAUGUGACCUAUACCAUUCUCAUUGAUUAUUUUUGUAAGGCAGGAAUGUUAAGUAAAGCAGAGGAUCUCUUCAUCAAGAUGCAACAGCAGAAUCUGACACCAAAUGUUGUGACUUAUACUUCGCUAAUAAAUGGUCAGAGCAGAGCUGGGAACAGACUCAAAGCAUUCGCUGCUUUUGAGGAGAUGGUGAGCCGAGGGAUUGAGCCUGAUGAAGUAAUCUAUUCAGUGAUGGUUGAUGCUUAUUGCAAGGAAGGGGACUUGAUAAAAGCUAUUGAGCUUGUUGAUGACUUGCUUGUCAAGGGCUUUACCAUGAGUGAAGAUGUCUAUAAUGAUCUUCUGGCUACAUUGUGUGAAAAAGUAAGUUUUCCGGAAAUUCUGACGAUACUUGAUAAGCUAGGAGAGCGCAAGCCUAAGCUAAGUGUGACUACAUGUAGUGCUUUAGUAUGUGGAUUUGCCAAAGCAGGAAGUAUGGAAAAAGCAGAAAAGAUUCUGGAAAGUGCAGUUAGGCUUGGAUGGUUGCCAGUUUCCACUGUUUUAAGUGAUAUUUAUAAGGGUCAAAUUGGUGGCCACGAGAAUGACCCAGGGAACUUGUUGAAAGAAGAAGAGAUGAAAGUCGCUUCUCAGGCUUCAACUUGAUAUUGAUGAACUUUAUCAGUUACAAGUAAUUCUCCACUCAAUGGCAAAUUCUCAAUGACUUUUGCCGGGUUAAGAAGGCUCUGGAUAUGCGUGUCAUGGCUCUUUGAGAUGGUUAUUGUUUAUCGUAUGCAGCAUUCUUCCUUUGAGAAUGGCGAGAAAUUUUGGAAAUGAAAUGACAUAAUAAUGUCCAGAGAGGAGUAUGUUAUACUAGAUGAAUGUUCUGAUGUUGUGGUACUAUUCAAAAUGGUUGCAGGUGGAGUUCUUUUCUUCAUGCUGCCUCCAAAAUGUAAGUGAGUAAUGGAAGGGAAUGGGAGAGAUUGACUUAGUUUCAACUUUCACUCAAAUGUGAUAUGAUUCCAUCUGGCUGAUUUUCAUGACCGAAAUUGUCAAAAAGAGGUGCUUUUCAUUGACUUGGAAGACAUUAGGGACUCACUUGCUGUGGAAUUGGAAAUAACAGAUGGAGCGGUCUUAGUGGCAGUAGAUGUGGCGGAUAUACUGGAGGGAGUACCAAAAUCAGAAGAAAAUGUACAUACCAACCCCACAACAACGAGAGAGCUUCCAAGAUAGGAGAGAUUGAAGGCUGCCAUGUCAAACUUAUUUAGCUCUGAGUGGUUUCUCAAAUAUGUGGGCCAGCUUAUCCUUGAUCCAUCACUUGGAAGUACCCAGCUACAAUAUGAUAUACUAGCUCAUGUGAUAGCAUAGACAUUAAUGCCUAUAUGGCUCGGGGCCAAAUACAAUGCUUUCUUAACCUAGAAGUAUUGGUUAUGGAAUAGUAUGCUUAUUCCUACUAACUGAGACCUGUUGUGUUAAGGAUUGAUUGGUGAGAUGCAGCACAGUGUCCUGCUGGUAGACAGGAAGAGUCAUUCCAUUAAGAAGCCUGCUUGUGGAGAUGAAAUUUGCAGGGGAUUGGAAAUUAAAACCUGAGAAGAGAGAGAGAAAUAGAGACCGAGUAAGAUGAUGUCUGAUUUUUUCCCAGACAACAUAUGCCUUCUACUUUCAAACUGAAGUGAGGUGAAUGCUCCAUAGAAUUAACCAAGUUGUGCGUGUACCAUUCAGGACGGCCUCUAAGACUGUUAAACUGCAUGAUUAUCAAUUGUCUGAAGAAAAAUUCUUUGGACUCACAUUUGCGCUGCAUUUCUUUCCCUUGAGUGGCCCUUAAGAGCCAAAGUUUAUAACAAAGGUGCGGAUCUCCAUGGGUGCAAGCUCCACCACGAGUUCUAUAGGAUCUACGGGACCUCCCCUGACUGGAUUGGCUCCUUCAGGGGGGCCUUCUACUCUCCACACCAGUUUUCUUUUGAGCAUAUCUGCUUUUUCUUGGUUAGCAGACAAAUUAUGCUCCACUAUUCUGCUCAUCUGAAUCAUUGUAGGAGAAGAUAGCAUGAGACAAAUCACUUAAAAGUGGCUGACAGCGAUGCAAGUGUGAACUGUUGCAGUUUAUUCAGCAAGUUACCUUCUUAUCUGGAAAGAGUUUCUUCAGUUCCACCUGGCCAUAACUGAGAGAUCCUUGUCCUCUCCAAUCUUGAGUUUAAAGUACCGCAGAAAAGUUAGUAUCUUCAAGAAAUAUUAAGAAUAUUUAAAUAAUUCUUUGGAGAGCUACGAUCUAAAUAAAGUAGGAACCUCAUAUAAGUGUGCCAAUCUGAGGAGAACAUUCCUAUCUUCCAGCUCCUGCAGUGGUUGAGGAAACAGAACAAGGAUUUAGCAAAGAAGGGAGAUAUUCUUUGUUCCAUCAUUUGCGUUUUUUAAGUGGCAAUGCCAGGCUGAAACAUAGAGAUCUUUGACCAAAAUAUCUGGAAGAACUGCAAAUACAAUCUCAAAGCACACUUUAUAUAGUUGGUCAAAUAAACAUAGAAUGAGAUUCGUAACCUGGAGGGUUAUCAGGGCAACAUUAUCAGGUAAGGUGUAAGAAGAAGCUAAUGCUGAAAAGGUUGGUAUAUAGGAGUUUGCCUGAUCGUUCCCUCCCUGCAGAACGAUAAUGAACUUAUAAAUAAAUUUUGCCCACAGUGCUGACAAGAGAAAUGAAGACGGUACUCUUUCACCUGCUCUGUAAAGGCUAGUAGAAGCGGAGAAUAUAUUUCCUGUCCAAAUGUUCUACGCCACUUAGCACCCUCGCCUGAAGGAUCAAUUCUCAGGUAGUGCUUCCCCAUGAUCUGCAAGUUACCUCUUGCAAUGUGUAAAUAGAACCGGUUUCAGACUGAAGACCAUGGAAGAGAAACUGUGACCACUUACAGUGAGUCCCCUGCAAUCAUCAAUGACACAGAGUGUUUCGUUCAGCGCCUCGGUGAUGCCUUUGUCAUCAUCACGAAGUAACCUCCUGUCCGAUCCAAACUUUGUCUCAAAUCUCAGUGAUAUACUGGAAUAUGGCAUUUAUCAUUGUUUAUUGAGGUUCAAAGCAAAAGGGAUAGAAGAAACCUGUGGAGCAUAAGUUCCAAUUGCCCAUCAAUGAUGCUUGAACCUCCCACAGGUCGGUCGACUAGAACUGAGAACUCUGUACUGUUAUCUCGAAUGUACAGGCCAAGAUUAAUCUGGAAGGACAAUACCAGAAUGAUUGAGUUGAUUGCAGUAAAAUAUUUUCACUUUCACAUUGAUCUUUAUGUUAUUCAAAGAUAAGGAAACAGAGACUAAAACAGUAAUUUGGUGUGAUUGGAGAAUUUCUAGUCGUGAUCUUAGCAAGCAAAGUUCUGUUUUUCCAUUUUAAACAAAAUUUAUAGUAAAAGCUACUUUCAAUAAAGCUUGAAUUGAUCUUUU